AGCUCAAUAGACACCUCAACACACCUUGCUAUCCACGAAUCUCAAUUCAUACCCAUUGUCACAACCAAACAAACAAUACCUUUCACGAUGGGUUUCGGCGAAAACAUCUCGGAGGAGUUCAAGUCCAGGAACUUCAGUAUCUACGGUCAAUGGACCGGCAUCGUCUGCGUAUUCCUUUGUAUUGCGCUCGGAAUCGCAAACAUCUUCCACCUUGGACUCCUUAUCUUGUUUAGCAUAAUAUGCCUCGUCUGUGGAUUCAUCAUCAUCUUCAUUGAGAUCCCUCUUCUCCUCCGCAUCUGCCCUACCUCGCCGAAAUUUGAUGGCUUCAUCCGUCGAUUCGAAACGAACUACAUGCGUGCCGCAAUCUACCUUCUCAUGAGCGUGAUCCAGUGGAUCAGUAUUUCCGUCGACGUAUCCUCGCUCAUCGCCGCCGCCGUUGUGUUGCUUAUUGCGGCAUGCUUCUAUGCUUUGGCUGGCAUCAAGGGUCAGGCCUUCCAGGGCAGCAAGACCUUGGGCGGCCAAGGUGUUGCGCAAAUGAUCAUAUAAGAUCAAUGAUGCAAUGUUUGAGCAGGAGAGACAACAAGAAGCGUGGCAACGAAGGAGAUGCUGGACGGGACGAAGAUUUAUAUGGACGCUCUGACUCA